CCUUGAGCUUGCGAUGGCAUGCAACCUCAGGUACUAAAAAUUGCGUCAAAAGUUGUUCACAACUGGAAUCCAGGCGGCAUUUUUAAGUCUCUUUGAGCGGCCGUCCUGUGAGUAUCAAUAAAUGGUGGUGCCAUGAGGUUUCGUAUUGCAGCCAGCCUAUCAUGGCCGUUUGCGAACAAGUGGCGUUUGUGGGACCUUCAAGCUUGUCUUAUUGACGUACCAGCCCAGGCUAGAAUGCCGCUGACCUGACUCAGCUCACUGUCUCCACACCUUUACUUUCUCCGAGGAAAGUCAAGCGCACGGCGAUGGAAUCUUCUGUAAGAGGGGGCCAACUCUUGCAGCCCUUCCUCCCCCCAUCCGGCACCCCGGACCCGAGCGCCACUGCUGGGCGCCAAUGGACCGAAGAAAGUGCAAUGUCCUGGAAACUCCCCUCGUUUAGGGCCAUAUGGAGUGCGCUCACAUUCCGCUGGGUAGAUGGGCUCAUGGCAUUGGGCGCCAGCCGACAGCUGGAGCCAGAAGACCUCUUCCCCCUAGAAGAGUCGCUUGAGCCCCGGGUGUGCUGUCAACGCUUGUGGUCCGCUUGGGCGCAGGAGCGGCGGGAAAAGCAGCAGCAAGCGUCGCUGCUGCGGGCACUCAUGCACACGUAUGGGUGGCAGCUGUUCGCGCUGGGGUCUCUGAAACUCUUCGCGGACGGCCUCAACUUUGCGGGGCCCUUGCUUCUCCACGCGCUCAUGACCUUCCUGGACAGUGCGCCCGAGAGGACUUCGGUGGCAGAAGGAUACUGGAUUGCCGCUGCUCUUGGUUUCUCGUCCAUUGCAAGAGCGCUGCUGGGGCAGCAUUAUGGCUUCCAGCUGUCCAAAUUGGCCAUGCGGGUCCGGGCCAGCAUGACCACAGUCGUCUACAGAAAGGCUCUGUGCGUCAGCCUGGCGGAGCGCAACUGCUUCUCGAGCGGCGAGGUGCAGACGCUGAUGUCGGUGGACGCGGACCGGGUCGUCAAUCUGUGCAACAGCGUUCAUGAACUCUGGAGUCUCCCGCUCCAGAUUGGGGUGGCCCUGUUUCUGCUGUACACGCAAGUCAAGUUCGCCUUCCUUGCGGGGCUGGCCGUCGUCAUCCUGCUCAUCCCCAUCAACAAGUGGCUUGCUGACAAGAUCGGGGCCGCCAGUGAGCAGAUGAUGAAGGACAAGGACGACAGGGUUCGUCGCGUUGGCGAGGUGUUGGCCUCGAUCCGUACCCUCAAGAUGUAUGCGUGGGAGGGCCUGUUUGAGGCGCGUGUGGCGGAGGCGCGCAUGCGGGAGGUCAAGAGCCUGGCAGUCCGCAAGUACUUGGACGCGUUCUGCGUGUACUUUUGGGCGUCCACCCCCAUGUUGUUCAGCUUCCUCACCUUCGGCCUCUACGCGCUCCUGGGUCACCAGCUGGACGCAGCAACCGUCUUCACAAGCCUGGCGCUGUUCAACGUCCUGAUCGCUCCGCUGAACGCCUUCCCCUGGGUCGUCAACGGAAUUGUGGAGGCCUGCGUCUCGCUCCGCCGCUUGAAGCGAUUCCUCUCGUGCCCGGAGCUCUUCCCCGACUGGAGCGACGAUCCUCGGAGCGCCGCUCUCACCUCCCGGCGCAGCCUGGACCGCUCGGCGUCCCUGCCGAGGAGCCCCCGGUGGCCAUUCACACCGAUCGUGCCGGGGGCGCUGAAGCCAGAAGACGCGGCGCUUUUUCUGAAAGGGGUGAACUGCUCCUGGGCGCCCAGGGGUGCCGAUUCACAUCCCCUGGUGCUGAGGGACGUGCGGCUGGCGGUGCCCAAAGGGGCGCUGGUGGUGAUUCUGGGACAGGUCGGCUCCGGCAAGUCUUCGCUGCUGUCGUGCGUGCUGGGGGAGGCGGGGUGCACAGAGGGCGCCGUGACGUCAAAGGGCGACGUGGCUUACGUCAGCCAGGUGCCGUGGGUCCACUCCGGCACCGUACGCAGCAACGUGCUCUUCGGGGACGACUUUCUGCCCGAAAGGUACGCCAAGGUGUUGCGAGCUUGCGCCCUGGAUUCGGACGUUUCGGACAUGGCCGGGGGGGACCUGUCCGAAAUCGCCGAAAAGGGCGGCAACCUCUCAGGCGGCCAGCGUGCACGGCUGGCGCUGGCGCGGGCAGUCUAUGCGGAGUCUGCCAUCGUUCUCCUGGACGAUCCGCUGAGCGCCGUGGACGCCCACGUGGCAGACUGGCUGCUGCGGCACGCCAUCUGCGGCCCGCUCAUGCACGGGCGGACGCGCAUCCUGAGCACGCACCACAAGAAGGCCUUGUCAGUAGCAGACCUGGUUGUCGUUCUCGACGGCGGCCGGGUGUCCUUCGUGGGGCGACCGCAAGAGUGGGCUGCCCAGCCAGGCCUGCGCCCUUCUUCGGAUCUCGUGACGGACGGAGAGUCAGAUACCGGUCCCUCGACCUGUUUAGAAGCAGCCCCGUCGAAUGGGGCGCUUACGAUGGAUGACGACAGCAGUGAGGGUUUUGCGGCCGACGGAAACGCCGGACCGUCGCCCCACGGAAGGAGCGCCUGCCGGGGGCCGUUAGAACGGGCUCGGUCGGAGCCAGUGAGGCGGGCUUUAGAGCCCACACUUAAGCGAGAAGAGAGGCAGGUAGAGACACCACCUCAAAUUCAUUUUCCGAAAGAUGACCGCCCGUCAAGCAGCAGAGGCCGGUUGUCCUCUUCCGACCACACCUCGGCUUCUUCCCUCUCGCCGGGAACCACCGCAGAUCCGCAAGUCGUCAGCCGUUCCUUAUCGGAAGGGGUCAAGAGGGGCGCACCAGAAGCAAUAGAAGGAGAGUUGGAUAACGACAUUCUGUCGGCCAGGCGCGCUUCGCAGGAAGGGGCCAGCGCCAGUGGCCGAGCGGAUUCCGGCGCUGUUCCGCUGGUGGAGCAGGAGGCCCGGGAAGUGGGCAGCGUGCGGUGGGCAAUCUACCGGGCUUACGGCCGGGCGGUGGGACUCUGGAUGGUGGCACUCGUGUUGCUGAGCCUGUUGCUGAUGCAAGCCACGCGCAACGGGAGCGACGCCUGGCUGUCCUACUGGGUCGAUACAACAGCAACGGACGCGCAUCCGCAGGACGUCUCCUUCUACCUCACGGUUCUCGCCAUCUUUGCCGCCGCCAAUUCCGUGUUCACGCUCGCCCGCGCCUUCACCUUCGCCUACAGCGGCCUGGAGGCCGCGGUCAAACUACACCGGGAGCUGCUGACACGUGUCGUUGCGGCGCCGGUUGCCUUCUUUGACCGAACACCCGUCGGGCGGAUUCUCAACAGGUUUUCGUCGGAUCAGUACACGGUAGACGACUCUCUGCCAUUCAUGCUGAACAUCUUCCUCGCGAGCGCCUUCCGGCUGGCGGGGAUCCUGGUCGUCCUCUGUUACGCGCAGCCCGCCUUCGUUCUGCUCCUGGUCCCGCUAGCCUUCAUCUACCGCAGUCUCCAGCGGUAUUACCGGUCGACUUCGCGCGAGGUGCGGCGGCUAGACAGCCUCUCUCGAUCGCCCAUCUAUGCCGGCUUCACCGAGGCGCUUGAGGGGGCACCCACCAUACGAGCGUUCCGUGCCCAGGCCCGCUUCGCAGCGGAGAACGAAGCGCGCGUGGCGGCCAACGUGCGCGCGGCAUAUGCCGAGGAGGCGGCCUCCAAGUGGCUCGGCAUGCGCCUCCAGAUGAUGGCCACUGUCGUCAUCACGUUCAUUGCCCUGGCCGCCGUCGUGCAAAAACACCUCGCCACAGCCCCCGGAUUUACGCAGCAGCUCUCCCAACAUCCAAAACCCUUUGAGGCGCUUUUUGAUUAUCUUUGGGCGCUCGCAAAGCGGGCAGCGAACCAGUAUAUUCGUCCAUAUUGGAUUGAAGUGGGCAACGCGUAUGAUAACCACCCGGGCAAUCCGCGUCUCGGUUGGGGCGACUUGCUCUCCCACUUUGCCGCGGUCUUCGCGAGGCCGCUGCGGGGGGCGCGGGGCAUGUUGCUGACGUCAGCGGGGAGCGCGGGCCUGGUGGGGCUGGGCCUGUCGUACGCGCUGCCGAUCGUGGAGCUACUGAACGGGCUGCUGGCGACCUUCACCGAGACGGAGAAGGAGAUGGUCGCCGUGGAGCGCGUGCAGCAGUACCUCGACUUGGAGCCUGAGAGUAAAAUCCCGACCGCCCCGCCCCCGCCCAAGUGGCCUAAUUCCGGCCACGUGGAUUUUGAUGACGUAACGUUGGUCUACCGGAAAGGCCUUCCUCCCGCCCUCCGGAACCUGUCGUUCUCCAUACGAGGGGGAGAGAAGGUGGGCAUUGCUGGGCGAACCGGGGCUGGUAAGUCCAGCAUUUUGGUCGCCCUCUUCCGGCUGGCGGAGCUGUCGGGGGGUCACAUCUGCGUGGACGGUGUCGACGUGGCGGGGCUGCGGCUCGCGGACCUGCGCGCACGCCUCUCUGUCAUCCCGCAGAGCCCCUUCCUCUUCGAGGGGACUGUCAGAGAGAAUCUUGACCCCUUCGGGCUCAGUUCCGACCCGCGCCUCUGGGACGUCCUCCGCAGCUGCCACGUGGCAGCGGCCGUGUCGCAGCUGGGGGGUCUGGACGCGCGGGUGGCGGAGGGGGGUGCCACGCUAUCGUUGGGCCAGCGUCAGCUGCUGUGCCUCGCACGUGCCCUGCUCCGGCGGUCGGUGAUUCUUUGUCUGGACGAGUGCACCGCCAACGUGGACCCGGCAACCAGUGCGCUGAUCGAGGCGACCAUACAAACAGAGUGCGCACACAUGACCGUGAUCACGAUCGCCCACCGGAUCAGCUCCAUUUUGGGGGCGGACAGGAUCCUCAUCAUGGACAAGGGCCAGUUGGCGGAAGAGGGCAGCCCCGCCGUAUUGCAAGCGGAACAAAACUCGCUCCUCAGUGCGAUUGUUAAAGCAUCUGGGCACGAGCGAGAAGACGAAAGGAGCAUCCAAGCGUGAUGACGGAUGUUGAGGCCAACAGCAGCUUGAAAAGCUGGACCUUUGGAAUCACUGAGAGAUUGAUGGGACGUAUAUUGCUUGUAAGCGCGCUGUCGGGAAGUUAUCAGAAUCACAAGCGGCCGG